UGUCGGAGUAAAAAAAUUGAAAAUUCAUAUAAUUGAAUCCACUUUUGAACACGUUAGCACCUGCCGUUGAAGUCUCGUGUCUUAAGUGAGGUUACUUGGAAAAUGCACAAACAAACAACAGCUUAAUAAUGUGGAUAGUUGAAAAAGAUGGUGUUGUAAAGUUAAAGUCUAAAAACAAUGCGUAUUUAAUUACUCCUUUUUUUGCUUCAAGCUAAAAUCCGAAAAUUUAUACAAUCUAUAUACACCGAAUUGUUUCAAAUUGUGUAAAUGUUUACAAAAAUGUCCAAUUGCCAAUACAAUCAAUACAAAGUUGUGCAUAUACAACAACAAUAUAAAACAAAACAACAACAGCAACAAAUGUCAGUAAAUCUUUAACGUCAUUCCUAACAUAUGUAUGUAGUAACAUCGAAAAAACGAACGGAGCUAGUUAAAUAGCAACAAAAAAGCUCCUUACAUCGCGCGUUAACAGCCACAACAGCAGCGCGGGCAGCAGUUGACGCUGCUACUCCAUCAUGGCUGCUGUUGCUGGCCUUUAUGGCCUUGGCGAGGAUCGUCAGCAUCGUAAAAAGCAACAACAGCAACAGCAUCAUCAGCAAGAACAGCGUGAGCAAAAGGAGGAGCAAAAGAAGAUCGCCGAGCGAAAGUUGAUGCGCGAACAGCAACAACAAUUGCUAGGACGUGCCUCAUUCGAAGGGUCUUUACCCAAAUUAAGCAGUCAAGACGAAGAAGGGGGGGCAGGUCAUGGGUAUGGUGGGGGGCCACAACACUUUGAACCCAUUCCUCAUGAUCAUGAUUUUUGCGAGAGAGUCGUUAUAAAUGUAAGCGGGUUAAGGUUCGAAACACAAUUACGAACGUUAAAUCAAUUUCCGGACACACUGCUGGGGGAUCCAGCUCGGCGAUUACGGUACUUUGACCCGCUUAGAAAUGAAUAUUUUUUUGACCGUAGUCGGCCGAGCUUCGAUGCAAUUUUAUACUAUUAUCAAAGUGGUGGUCGACUGCGGAGACCGGUCAAUGUCCCUUUAGACGUAUUUAGUGAAGAAAUAAAAUUUUAUGAAUUAGGUGAUCAAGCAAUUAAUAAAUUCAGAGAGGAUGAAGGCUUUAUUAAAGAAGAAGAAAGACCAUUGCCGGAGAAUGAGAAUCAAAGAAAAGUCUGGUUACUCUUCGAGUAUCCGGAAAGUUCGCAAGCCGCCAGAGUUGUAGCCAUAAUUAGUGUAUUUGUUAUAUUGCUAUCAAUUGUUAUAUUUUGUCUAGAAACAUUACCCGAAUUUAAGCAUUACAAGGUGUUCAAUACAACAACAAAUGGCACAAAAAUCGAGGAAGAUGAGGUGCCUGACAUCACAGAUCCUUUCUUCCUUAUAGAAACGUUAUGUAUUAUUUGGUUUACAUUUGAACUCACAGUCAGGUUCCUCGCAUGUCCGAAUAAGUUACAUUUCUGCAGGGAUGUCAUGAAUGUUAUCGACAUAAUCGCCAUCAUUCCGUAUUUUAUAACAUUGGCGACCGUCGUCGCCGAAGAGGAGGAUACGUUAAAUCUUCCAAAAGCGCCAGUCAGUCCACAGGACAAGUCAUCGAAUCAGGCUAUGUCCUUGGCAAUAUUACGAGUGAUACGAUUAGUUCGAGUAUUUCGAAUAUUUAAGUUAUCUAGGCAUUCGAAGGGUUUACAAAUUUUAGGACGAACUCUGAAAGCCUCAAUGCGGGAAUUAGGUUUACUUAUAUUUUUCUUAUUUAUAGGCGUUGUACUCUUCUCAUCGGCGGUUUAUUUUGCGGAAGCUGGAAGCGAAAAUUCCUUCUUCAAGUCCAUACCCGAUGCAUUUUGGUGGGCUGUCGUUACCAUGACAACCGUUGGAUAUGGUGACAUGACACCCGUCGGUGUUUGGGGUAAAAUCGUGGGAUCACUGUGUGCCAUUGCUGGUGUCUUGACAAUCGCUCUCCCGGUACCAGUUAUUGUCAGUAAUUUCAAUUACUUCUAUCACCGCGAAACGGAUCAAGAGGAGAUGCAGAGCCAAAACUUUAAUCACGUUACAAGUUGUCCAUAUUUACCAGGUACAUUAGGUCAACAUUUAAAGAAAUCAUCGUUAUCUGAAUCCUCAUCGGAUAUGAUGGAUUUGGAUGAUGGUGUUGAAUCAACGCCAGGAUUGAGUGAAAUGCAUCCUGGUCGUGCGGUGGCUCCAUUUUUAGGAGCACAACAACAAUUGAUCGAGAAGCAACAGCAGCAGCAGCUACAACAGCAACAACAGCAGCAGCAGCAAGCGUCACUACAACACGCGUCGCCGCAACAGCCGUCGCAGUCGCAGUCGCAACAACAGCCACAAACGUUGCAACUGCUACAGCAGCAGCAGCAGCAGCAACAGCAACAACAAAAUGGUUAUAAGCAAUCCGCUACAAGCGUCACUAGUGGUAAUAACCUAACCACAACAACAACAACGCUUAGGCAUAAUAAUGCCCUGGCCGUUAGUAUCGAAACCGACGUUUGACUACUGGUUAAAAAGACGAUACGUGCGCUAAUUUGGCCUUGUGAAAUGUUACGUUGGAUGCCAGAAACGACUACAAAAGCUGUUUAAUUAUAUUUAAGUAGACAAAUAAUUAAAUUAAUUCAAAAACUGGA